AUGGCUGUACAAGUUCAUCCACCAUUAGAGGAGGAAGAAACUAAUAUGUUCUUUGUAAAUACUCUGAGGGCCCCAUUCUUUGGACAUCGUAUUGGAAAUUCGUCCAAAACUUUUGCUGAUAUAGUCAACGCAGGAGAAAUGAUUGAGAUGGCGAUCAAAAGCGGGAAGCUAGACGGGGGAGAAUCUAGCCGAAAGCCUCCAGCAAGAAGGAAGGAUAAUGAGGUCAGUAAUGUGAAGAAAUAUGAUUCUAAUAACAUUACAGUAUCUCAACCACAAGCCACUGUAUCGUCAACAUUAAAUCCUGUCCAGCAAAGGGCGAAAGAACCAAGACAGGAAAGGGAAAGGCCUCCUUACCCAAAAUGGUUUGACAUCAAUGCUCAAUGUGAGUAUUAUGCGGGGGCAUCGGGGCAUUCAAUUGAAAACUGUCCGGCCUUUAAAAAGUUGGUGCAUAGAUUAAGACAAAGAAAUGUCAUCAAUUUCGGUGACAGUGAGCAACCCAAUGUGGCUCAGAACCCACUCCCGAAUCAUACAGGGACAGGGGUUAAUGCUGUUAUUGAAGAAAAAGGGAACGGAGUCAUUACCAAAGUCAAAGAAGUGAAGUCAUCCAUGCAUUGGGUAUGGGGGAAAAUGGUCAAAAUAGGCUGGUUGACCUUUAAUGCUAACGAAAAUAAGCAUGCUUGCCCCUACCACUGUUGCGAGGAUCAUGUCAUUCAAAACUCUGAUGAGUUCAAGGCCUUGGUUCAAAGGCUGAUAGAUAGUAAAGAUAUGGAAUUUUACCAUGAAGCUACGAAAGAGAAAGAGAUUGAGAUUUGCGCUUCCGAAGGCACAUCCAAGGGAGUUUACAAUACUAACUGCCCUUUAGUCAUCACACCGAAAGCCCAGACUAUGGAAAGGUUAAUCCCUAAAAUAGUGAUCACGCCUCCGUCGUCCUUUCCUUAUAAGGACAACAAGCAGGUACCUUGGAGGUAUGGAUGCCAAUUAAAGAAUGUUGAGAGUUCAGAGGUUGCUAAGGAAGAGGUGGACGAGGUAGGCCAUUUCACCAGAAGUGGGAGAUGUUAUUCUCCCAACCAGACCAGUGAACCCGAGAAAAUGACGACCGUUGAUAAAGGAAAAAGGGUUGAGAUAUUAUUGAAAAAUGAUGAGCCGACAAUUAAUGAGCCUGUAACCGAAAAUGAUGCUACUUUCGUACCGAAAGAUGUACCAGUGGAAAAAAUAGACCGACUGGUUGCAAAUAUUCAGGCGGAUAACUUUAUCUCUUUCUCUGAUGACGAGAUCCUGUCCGGAAUGAUGGGCAAUCCCAAAGCCCUGAACGCCUUGGAUCCACCAGGCAGGAGUCGUUCCAUCUACUCUGCAUCAAAACUCAAAUUUGUAAUUGAGGGGAGAUUGGUAUGCAUUAAUGCCGAGGAAGAUAUCAUUGCUUCCAUAUCUACUACCGCUCAAUAUGUUGAAGUAGAUGAAGAUGCAGUCGAGUGCACUUUCAGAGUCCUGGAAUUUAUUAAUGCCACAUUUGUUGCUGAAAGAAAGAAAAUUCCAAAGCCUAGGCUAUCAAACUAUACCAAAAUGGGACUGAAAAUGACCCUGGGAAGAGGAGCUAAGGUUGGAAGAGGGCUAGGGAGUCGCUUACAGGGGAAUAUUAGUCCAGCUUUUCCCGGUUUUAAGCUAGAUCGUUUUGGUCUAGGAUAUCGCCCGACUUUAAAGGAAAAAUUGAAAAAUGUUCAAAAGUGCCAGGAAAAGAGGAGAGCCAGGUUAGCCAGGGAGGAUAUUAAGUGGGAGCCUAUGAUUUUCCCAUCGCUGCGUGACACCUUCAUAUAA